AUACAUUGCCAACAUUCCGUUUAUCUGUGAAGCCAGCUACCGAAUAAGAUUAUUGUUCUGUCCAGUCGUCUCGUUAGAUCUGCCAUAUGUACGUAGAUAUUUAUUAGAUAAGUAGUGUAGGUCGACAUCUACAAGCGUGGGGCGCCAAGAUGCCUCUAUUUGGUAAGAAAGAUUUUGGAAGAAAAUCUAAAAAGGAUGCACGGGAAUCGGAGAAGCAACCAUCAAUCGAGGACAAAUAUACUGUCAAGGAUUUGCUAGGCACUGGUGCUUUUUCUGAGGUGCGAUUGAUAGAAAGCAAAGAAAACGGCCAGCUGUUCGCAUGCAAGAUUAUCGAUAAAAAAGCUUUAAAAGGAAAAGAAGACUCCUUGGAGAAUGAAAUUAGAGUAUUGAAAAGAUUUAGUGAACAAGCAAAAGGUGAAGGUGGUGAGAAAAAAAUGUUUUCCCAUCCAAAUAUUGUCCAGCUGUUGGAGACCUAUGAGGAUAAAAAUAAAGUGUACCUUGUAAUGGAACUAGUGACAGGCGGAGAAUUAUUUGAUAGAAUCGUCGAAAAAGGUUCCUAUACUGAAAAGGAUGCUUCAAAUCUGAUUAGACAAGUGUUGGAAGCUGUUGAUUAUAUGCAUUCUCAGGGUGUAGUUCAUAGAGAUUUAAAACCAGAGAAUCUCUUGUACUAUAGUCCAGAUGAGGAUAGCAAAAUAAUGAUCAGUGACUUUGGUUUAUCAAAGAUAGAAGACUCUGGUAUUAUGGCUACAGCCUGUGGUACACCAGGAUAUGUUGCUCCAGAAGUGCUGGCACAGAAACCAUAUGGAAAGGCAGUUGAUGUGUGGAGUAUAGGAGUGAUUUCCUACAUAUUGUUGUGUGGAUAUCCUCCAUUCUAUGAUGAAAAUGAUGCAAAUUUAUUUGCACAGAUAUUGAAAGGAGAUUUUGAAUUUGAUUCGCCUUAUUGGGAUGAUAUUAGUGAUUCGGCAAAAGACUUCAUUCGACAUUUGAUGUGUGUAGAUGUGGAUAAGAGGUAUACUUGCAAGCAAGCAUUGGCACACCCUUGGAUUUCUGGAAAUGCAGCCAGCAACAAGAAUAUUCAUGGUACUGUAUCUGAGCAGCUCAAGAAAAACUUUGCCAAGUCUCGCUGGAAACAGGCAUACCAUGCUACAACAGUUAUUCGGCAAAUGCAGAAAAUGGCAUUAAACAGCAGCAGCUCGAGUCGAGCUUCACAGUCACAGUCCAAACAAUAGCUGUGUUAUUUUAAAAUACUUUACCCUACCGAUAUAUUAACAUCUGCUUGAAAAGGUACUUAAUAUAUAAUUACUCAUUGAAUUUACAGCAUAUUGAGAUUUUAGUUAUGCUCACAUUGUCAUUGAUAUGUCUGUGGCACUUAUUAAAUUGGUAGACGUGCCAUAGUAAUUGAUGUUCAUUGUCCAAUCUGUUGCUAACAGACAAGCCAGAGAUUUGUGUCAUCGCUAUAUAUAUUAUUACCGCUUGAAACUUUAAUUGGAGAAUUGCUUAUAAAACUAAUUACUAAGUGUAUUUAGGUAAUGGAAAUCAACGAACUGUUAUAAGACAUUAUACCUAGUCAUCUUAUGAUUUCUUAUUACUGUGAAUAAAAAAAAUACCUAUGACUUGUUAAAAAAUGUACCUUAUAAUAUUAAUUCUUGUUCUCUCUUGCUUAGUUUACUUCGCUUCUAAUAUCUCUGAAAAUAAUAAUAAUUUACUUCCUUAGGAGUGAUUUUGAAUCUCGUUUUAAACUCUAUGACAAUUUUUUCAAAUUAUUAUGAACUGUUGAUUCUAUGUAACUCUGUAUUAUAUGUAUAAUAUCAAUUGUUCUACAUGAAAUGACAUGUUCAUGACAUGUUCCUCAUAACUAUCCUUAAAAUUCAAAGUUUAUAGUAAAAUAGGUUAUAAAUGUUCUUUUAAAUAAUUUAAAGAUACUGACUAAUAUAUUUAGGUAGGGUGAUAAUCACUUACAUAAUAUACUUAACUGUAAGAUCUGUUGCAAAUUAUAAGAAAUAAUAAAUGAUGAAUCUAAUAAAUACAAUAUAAUGCGUUUAAACAAUACAUUAGCUUUGAGACAGCAAAUUAGAUACUUUGCAAUCAAUGUGUACAUUUUAAAUCAUCAAUAUGGGCAUUAAAUAUAAUCGACUGGUAUCAUGUUAUAAGUAU